UAAACUUUUUACCGGAAAAGAAUUGCCUAAAAAUGGCAACUAUUAAAUUGCAGUUUCCUGCAUCCUUAAAGACUUCUUAUAGAUUUGCAAACUCUUUAAAAGUUGCUAUUUCUGUCCAUGAGUAUGGUGUAAAAGCUCCUAUAGAAGCAGCUGCAAAUAGCUCUUCCGUUCGAUUGGUAGAUGCCAAAGAUUUAGACAGGUUUAUUUCUGAUGCCAACGCGAUCAUAAGUUAUUUAUAUUGGAAGCAAAAGGACGUGUCUUUUGAAGAAUUUCUAAACUCUAAAAUGUCUAUUUUGGAUUGGGAAGCUUUGACAUUUGGUCCUUUGGCGAAAGAAGCUGCUGAGAAGAAAAAUUUCACUCAACUACUAAGCCUUUUACAGGACAAAAUCAAGCAGGACUCUGUUUCUGAAAAAUUUGGUCCUGCCGAAAUUGCUCUUGCCGCUGACAUUCAUUUCUGCAUUGCCAAUGGUGCUGGCUUGGAAGAGUACCCAGAAUUGAGCAAAUGGUACUUGAAGGUCGAAAAGAAUCCUUCUUUUGUAAAUGCUUUAAGAGUUUGUCUUGAAAAAUCAUUAGGUCAGCCUGCUGAGAUUUCCGCUAAGGUUCCUAUUUCUACAGAAACCCGAAACAUUCAAACUAGCAAUUUGAUGCGUGAACGGAAACAAUCGGAAAAGCUUCUCCCCAAGGCAAAUGAACCCAACAUCUUGAUUACCUCUGCUUUGCCUUAUGUUAAUAAUGUCCCUCACUUGGGUAAUAUUGUCGGAAGUACCCUCAGUGCUGAUGUCUUCGCUCGCUACCAUCGUGCCCGCAAUCAUAACACUCUCUAUAUCUGCGGUACCGAUGAAUAUGGUACCGCUACCGAAACCAAAGCUUUAGAAGAAGGUGUAUCCCCUAAAAAACUUUGCGACAAGUACAAUGCUUUACAUAAGCAGGUCUACGAUUGGUUUGAAAUUGAGUUUGAUGAAUUUGGUCGUACAACAACUCCUAAGCAGACUGAAAUUGCCCAACACAUCUUUAAAAAAUUGAAUGAAAAUGGUUUUAUGUCUGCGGAUUCUAUGACUCAGUUGUACUGUGAAGUUCACAACGGAUAUCUCGCUGAUCGCUAUGUUGAAGGAAUUUGUCCCAAAUGCCAAUAUGAUGAUGCUCGAGGUGAUCAAUGUGAUAAAUGUGGCUGUCUUUUGAAUGCAUUUGAGCUUAUCGAGCCUAAGUGUAAGUUAGACGGCUCGAAACCCGUCAAACGUGAAACGAGCCACGUUUUCUUAUCUUUAGAUAAACUGCAACCCCUUGUUGAAACUUGGGCUACUGAAGCGGCUGUUGAGGGUAAAUGGACUGUUAAUGGACGAGCCAUUACUGAAUCAUGGUUGAAGGAAGGUCUUCGUCCUCGUUGCAUUACUCGUGACCUGAAAUGGGGCACCCCAGUUCCUUUGGAAGAAUUCAAGGACAAAGUCCUUUACGUAUGGUUUGAUGCUCCUAUCGGUUACAUCAGCAUCACCGCUAAGUACACUGAUGAAUGGGAGAAAUGGUGGAGAAACCCCGAGCAAGUCAAAUUGUAUCAAUUCAUGGGCAAGGAUAACGUUCCUUUCCAUACCGUCAUUUUCCCUGCCUCUCUUUUAGGUACGAAGGAAAAGUGGACGAUGCUGCACCAUAUCAACACUACGGAUUAUUUGAAUUAUGAGACUGGUAAAUUUUCCAAGUCUCGUGGCGUUGGCGUGUUUGGUAAUACAGCUCAAGAUAUCGGUUUAUCCCCCUCCGUUUGGCGCUAUUACCUUUUAUCUACUCGUCCUGAAACUUCCGAUACCAUGUUCACUUGGAAGGAUUUCAUUACUAGACACAAUUCUGAAUUGCUUGCUAACGUUGGUAACUUUGUCAACCGUACCCUAAAGUUUACAACUGCCAAGUACAAUGGCGUUGUUCCACACUAUUUAGAAAGUGCAUCUGUUGGAGCUGGUAAGCUGAAAACGGACUUUGUUCAGGAUAUCAACAAGUUGUUGAAAAAGUACAAUGCUGCACUUGAGCAAUCGAAGUUGCGUGAAGGACUUCGACUUGCGAUGGAGAUUUCUGCUCGUGGUAAUCAAUAUUUACAAGACAAUCGUGUUGAUAAUAAGUGUUUCUUGUACGAAAGACAGAAGUGUGCUGACGCAAUUGGCUACUCCCUAAACUUGAUUUAUUUGCUUGCUUCUAUUAUGUAUCCGUAUAUGCCUGGUGUUGGGGCCAGUAUUAAUAAGCAAUUAAAUGUUCCUGCUAUGGCUAUCACUGAUGUUUUCUCUCUUCCUCUGCUUCCUGGUCACCGAAUUGGAGAGCCUGAAUAUUUGUUUACUCGUAUUGAUGAAGCCAUGGAAGAAAAAUGGCGUAUCAAGUACGGAGGUACUAAUAUCCAAAAUGAAGCUGCUUAAAAGAUUUUGUGUGCUGCUUUCAUUGUCAUGAUAAAAUAUAAAUAUAUCGAAGAUAUACAAGUUUAGGGAAACCCAUUCAUAAGUUUGGAAGAAAUUUUGUCGUUUUUGGAUUGCACAGGAAACGCGGUUUUAUAGAGCAGCACCGAGUCUUCAACUUUAGACUUAUUGAUGAAUUGAGCCGAGUGUACAAAUAUUCGAACAAACUUAAACAAAAGAAGAAUAAUAAUUUGACAUUGUAUACGAAUAGCAUACCCAACUAUUGAAAAAAGAUGCUACUCUUAAUACCAACUCCAUUAACAAUCAUUGGAAUAUCUUUUAUAUGC